AUGACUCUUCCAGUUUUGGUGGUUAUGUUAGUUUUGACAGGUUUGGUGGAUCAAGGGGAGGGCACCAUGUGUGCAAGCACCUUCUUCUCAUCUAUUGUUCAGCUAAUACCUUGCAGAGCAGCAGUUGUUCCUUUUAGCCCCAUCCCACCAAGUGAGACUUGCUGCAAUGCCCUCAAAGCUCUUGGCCAGCCUUGCCUAUGUGUGCUUGUCAAUGGCCCUUCAAUUUCUGGCGUCGAUCGUACCAUGGCAAUGCAGCUCCCAGAGAAGUGCACUAUCAACUUUGAACCAUGUGGAAUCAUGAAUUAAAGAAGUUGAAGCAUAGAGCUGAGGAGUAUUCUAGAAUAAGUGUCUUGUAGUUGUAAGGCUCCUUUGGUUGUUUAAUAUUUAAUGCUGCUGUUAAUAAGAGGCUGUAUUUUUAGAACUUGAGAUUAUGCAGUGAUCCACUUGGGUUUUAAUUUGAUUUCUGAUGUAAUAGAUUACUAGUUUAUUUUAAUAACUAAGUAUGUAUUAUUUACUUGA